AUGGACGGCGAGGCAGACGUCAAGCCUGCCAAAAACACCAGCAGGGUUGCAUUGGCCGUCGGCACGGACCCAAGAGCGUGGAGCUACCGGUAUAUGUUCGAGAGGCCGGGAAUGAAAGGUCAUGCCCUCGACGAAGCAAUCGAAGUCCUCACCCAGGUCCUCCUCGAGACAUACGGCCUCUCCCUCGAUGACGUUGCCGACCCUAGUGUCGUCUCGCAGGAGACUGUCUACGUGGUAGGACGCAUCUGUCCUGCCUUGACCAAGCCCGACGGACAGGGGCAGGAGUCAAAGCAAGUGCGAGAAGCCAGACUCAAGGACGGGAUCAUCAUCGAGGCGAGCAAGACUAUCGGUUCGGGCAGCAGAACACCGCUGCGGUUCACCCAGUCCGUCACGCUUCGCGGGAUCCAAGAUGGCAACAAGAAGCUCGUUCACGCCGCCGGCUCGGGCAACAAGUUGGGCCUCGUACCUGGUAUGAUUUGCGCUUUUCGCGGCCGAAACGGCGGCGGAGAUGGCUUUGUCGCGGAAGAGAUCCUUCUGCCACCUCCGCUGCCCCAAGCUGCCACCCGUGCAUCCGAACUGAUUCAGAAUCAAUACUCGCCUGCGAGACUAGACGGCGACAACCUCAAGGUGACUGUCACGUCAGGCCCCUACACUAAUGACGACGACCUCGACUUCACGCCUUGGCACCGCCUCAUGGAUGACGUCGAGAGGCAAAAGCCAGACGUGAUCCUUUUGCUCGGCCCUUUUCUGCCAGCAUCACAUGCCUCUCUGAGCAGCCCUACGUUGCAACAAAUGCCUGCAGAGAUCUUUCAGCAGCACAUUUCGCGUCGGCUCAAUGUUCUUUGCGAAGCUUCGACCAGGACAACUGCCAUUCUGUUGCCAUCGACGAAGGACGUGAUUCAUUCGCACAUCGCCUGGCCCCAGCCGAUGCUUGAGAAGAACGUCCUCGGGCUUCACAAGCGAGUCAAAUGCCUGCCCAACCCUUGCCUCUUCUCCAUCAAUGAAGUCGUCUUCGGCGCCACGACUGCAGACGUUCUCCGCGAUGUACGCGCCGAAGAGGUUGUUGUCGACGUCGGCCAGGACCCAAGUGUGACGGUGAAACCUGCCAGCGAGACAAGUGACGCCAUUGCCAGAAGCGUGCGGGUACUCCUUGGUCAACGAAGCUUUUACCCUGUCUUCCCAGCUUCGGCCGCGUCUCAGCUGCCUCUCGACGUGACGCACUCGUCUCUGGCUCAAUUCAAGACUGUCACGCCAGACAUUCUCCUUGUCCCCUCUGUCCUCACGCCCUUUGCACGCAUCGUGGACGGUACUGUUUGCGUCAACCCGGGACCCCUCGCUCGGGGAUCCGGCGAAGCCACCGCUCCUCAGUCAAGAGGCAAGGGAAGCUAUGCACGCUUCGACAUUGCUCCGAUGAAGAAGGACCGUCUUAGAGAUCUCGAGGAAAAUAGCGACGAGGCAGAAGCACCCAUUGGCCAUGAGAUUUAUGAGAGGGCCAGAGUCGAUCUUGUACGGAUCUAG